GAACCAUGUACAUUACUUGUUCCCUAUGCUAUAAAACAGCUGAUUAUGUGAAUGUCGGUUGACACUUGACCAACUCAUUUCUACACUACAGCCUUUCCAUUGUUUUGAAAAGGUUUUCUUAUAGAUUUUAGUCUUUUGUACAUAUUUCAGGUGUAAGCCUAGACUAUAUAAAUUCUUAACUAUAAUUUAUUAAAUAAACCCUAUCUACAUAAUCUCGAUCUACAAAGUUAUUAACAAGAAAAUUAAUAUGCACGUUAAGGUUAUGUAAUAAAAGUUUAUUACUUAAAUUUUAAAUUAAACUUUGCAAUAAUCGUAUGUGUACUGCACAGUUAUGAUGGCCCAAUAUAGCCAAGAUAAAACUGAUUUAGACCACAAGGAACAUAAAGAAGCUAAAGCUGACUCUGAAACUAACAUUGAUGAGGUUAUUGAGGAUAGUUGGUUGAUACGGGAUUGUGAAGUAUACAGUGAUGAAUAUAAUGAAUGCACAAGCUUUAAAGGAAGGUUUCACCAAUAUUUUAUAUAUGGCGAGACCCUGGACUGCAAUCAGUGGAAAAGAGAUUGUGACAACUGCUACAAAUGGGUGGAUAGUAAAGAUGUUAAGGCUGGAGAAGCACUCAUAACUAGUGAGAAGAAUCGGAGAAUGGAUAGAUUAAGAGCCCACUAUAGGAAUGAUAUUUGGAAAAAGCGUGAUUUACCACCAGAUGACUGGUCUGCCCCAUUACCUGAGUGGAUGGUCAAGAGGGAUGAAAAUACAUAUUUAGCACAAAAAGCUAAGGAAAUAAGAGAAGGAACUGAAACUGUUGAAAAAGAAAGCACAUGUUCAAUAAUGUAGUCCAAAAGUGUAGUAGACAUGGUCUAUUUCUUCUCUCCAGUUCGAUAAGAUGUUUAUCUCUAUCAAAAAAGACAUUUUAAGUUUUGCCAAAAACAUUGAUUAUAUAACUGUGUUAAACAGUUUUAACAAGAUACCUCUUUAGUGUGUUAGAACAUUAUAUAAAUGUAAGUUGUUUUGCUACAUAUUAGAUUGAAUAGACAAUUACAGUUAUUUAUUAAGA